AUGGCACUGUUUAUGGACCAUCCGUUCAGAAAUGUAUUGAAAGGAUUUUUGGCUCUGGUAAUGGCGCAUGUCAUCAUGAAGUUCUUGCCCCAAUCUAUCCAUGUUAUUCACUUGACACAGACGUCGGUGACGAUACUGGUGAUUGUAGCUCUAAUAUUCUUUGUGGUGCGCCAUCACUCUGAACAGGGACGGGUCAUGUCACGGGGCCAAGAAGAGCUAAUUGUCAUCGCUGCACUCGGGGCAUUCUGGCUCGCGGUCCUUCUUGCGAUGAGGGCGUACAAUCAAAGCAGCGUCGACGUUGACCUCGCGCACCCCCGUCAUUUGUUCUCCCCUAGCACUGGGAAUGCGGAGACCAAUGUUGUUGGCGCGGGUGGCCGUAGGGCACCUGCUGGGGGGUACUCCACUCGUGAUCGUUAUGAUGACCGUCCAAGGACAGGAUACCGAAAGGAAUACCCGUGCAAUCCCAAUGAUGUGUACUGCGUGACGGAAGAGUGGGCUUUCUAUUGA